AUGGCAACUAAACGAAUCAGACUAGAACCAGUUUUCUUAAUGAACGUUGUAUUAUAUAUCCAACAAACUGAUAUUGUCACAUUCAUGAACGUUUCACAUGAUUGCCAAGACGCCAUGGGAAGACUUCAUGUUAAUCCUUGGUCUCUAAAGUCAAAAAAGACGAUUGCGAUGGUGGAGAAAAUAUUGAAGUGUCUCCCUAAGCUUGAAACAUUGCAAGUUGAUUACCAAACAGCGCUUGAACUCCCUGAUGAAGUUCUUCAAAAGAUCAAUCGCAUUAGAAUUGUAGAUGAAGAAAAAGUUUGUGAGUUCAAUAAAGAGAUUAAAACUCAGAGAAUUGGGAAAUAUGUUGACACAGUAUAUUCAGUCGACAAUUCUGAUUUUGUGAAAGACAACGUUGUGAGAAUUUUUCUUGAUAACAAUUGUGGUCUGAAUGAUCUUAUCAAUAACAUUGAUAAAUACCCCAUUCUUCAAUUUGUCGAAAUCGAAACAGGAUGUUUGUUUGAACUUGAAGAUACAAUUCCAAAACUUUUGAAGGUGAGAGGAAUUCAAAUUCACGUGAAAUUUUUUGUAAGAAAUUUAGAUAGAUACGACGACUUUGAAACCCUUAGAACACAAAUUGGUAUUGAUAGAGUGUAUUAUAGUUUUAAUGCAGUGUUUACAAAUGGUGUGUUCUUGUUGAUACCUCCAAACGUUGAAGCAAGAAGUUUGCAUGGGAUCUUUUAUAAUGACGGGAAAUUGGCACAUCAAUUGUAUGCCAUUAAAGAAGCAAAGAUUGAUGUUGCUGAAUAUUGUGAUGCAAAUUUAAGUGGUCUUACAUGUAUGACAUCAUUUAGUUUGUCUUGUAAAAAUCAUGUGGUUUUAACAUUACCAACUUCACUAAUAAAAUUGGAUGUACCUUGGGAUGUAAGAGUAGCCAACAAAAGAGAGUUGAAGUGUCUCAAUAAACGAGGCGAAACCCCAAAACCACACAAUUCAAAAGAAACAAAUGAGGUUGAACCAACAAAAUGCACUUUAGUUUAA